ACUAAUUCUUCAAUGGAGAAACCGUUCCACAGUUCUUCUUGCCGCAACCACCACCACACGGUGGUGCCACCAUCACCACGGCUGGUCCGAAGUCGAAGCGGCAAUGGCUCUGCCACCACAGCUAUGACUACUCCGGAGAGAAGUUCACGUAGGUUCAGCUCUAGUGAAAGAUUCACCAUCACUACUAUCCAACGUUCAAAGUCAACAUCAAGAACAAGAACACCCAACAACAAUGAAGGGAACAACAUCAUCAACCUAACGUUAACAACAUCCAUUCCCAACAAGCAAACAAGUACAAGGCUUCAAGACAAGAAAAAUAAAGAUGACACCUUUGCCAACAGUGUUGGAGCUUCAAAGAGGACUUCGUCUCCUUCUGCGUGGGCGCUUUCGCCAGGAAGAUGGUCAUUCGGAUCUCCGAUAUGGCCACAACCGAUGACGAAAGCGCCUCUUAGAAGUAGUAGUAGUAGUGUUGGUGGUAGUGUUAAUAAAGUUUUGAAGUACUUCAAGCAAAAGAAAGUGUCACCGAUGCAAGAGGAAGAGUACCAUCAGUUUAGGGUUUUGCAUAACAGACUUUUGCAAUGGAGGUUUAUCAAUGCUAGAUCUAACGUUGCCAUGGCUAAUGUCAAGAAUAUGACCGAGAUACAAUUGUUUGCUGUAUGUGUUGGAAUUGUGAAACUGAGAAAGAUAAGAACAGAAAAAAGAGUUGAAUUGCGAAAGGUGAAAAAUGUGAUGAAGCUUUAUAAAAUUCUGAAUGGACAACUCUAUCUUCUCAGUGAAUGGGCACAAUUAGAGAGAAGAAAUCAAGAAUCUGUUGCCAAAUUGACAAGAAAAUUGUUAGCAUUCUCCAACUUAAUCCCUUUAACCUACCUUAAGGUGGACACAGAAUCUAUCUCUGAUGCACUGAAUUCAGCCAUUGUAGUAAUAGAGAAUAUGAAACCAUUAAUCACAAAAUACCAGACAAAGCAGGUUGAAAGGAUUCUUUAUCAAAUUACAGAACUAACCACAACCCUAAAAGAGGAAGAAGAGUACUUAGAAGAACUUCUCACCCUUCUUCCAAUUAUUUCUACUUCAUUGGAGACUGAGAAAAGCAUUGGAGUGCAGCUUAUUCAAACAGUGACGGAGUCCAAUACCACAAAUUAUUUCCAUGGCAUUGCUUAAUGAGGUUUCACUACACAUAUUCAAGGACCAAUAUAUAUUUUCUUUUCCUUGUACUUUUAUUUUUAUUUUUCAUUUUAUGUAUUUACUUUUA